UUACUGUGUAUCACCACCACUGACUGAACGAACUGACUGAAACGAAAACAAAAAAAAACAGUUUGUAUUUGACUUCGGAGGAGAGUGUACGUGCGUUUGAUAAAAACCGUGCUUUACUAAAUCAAAAUGCCCAAGAAAUUAAAAGUUGUCGUAAAAUCCUUGUACUCGCAUGAAAUUCGUAAAGAUGUGAGCUUAGAUGAUUUAAAAUCGCUCAGAUUGGAAGACGCAUGGCCUUUUAUCAGAGACGAAAUAGAAAUUGAAAUCGGUAGCAGCCAGUUAGUAUGCAUCCCGCAUAUAACUGAGGCUGAUUUGUAUAAAGUCACGUCUCUUUUCGUUCUUAAUGAUAAAGAAACAAACGGUAAAAUGUUCACGCCUCUUGGCGAACUUCUCAAUAACAUUGACAAGGAGAAGACGAAUGCUGAAUACGUGAAAUGGUUGGAGGAAGCCGAUUUCCAAGACAGUGACUUCAAGUUUCCGCAUGAAAGCGUCAAGAUAACACUACAAGAUGAGUCCAUCAAGAACAAGGUUAGAGUAAUCAUGGUGAACUUCUCACGCAACAUCAUACCCAGGAACAGGGAAUUGGUGAAGAAUGUGUAUCUGGAUGUUGAAAAUAAUAAGGACUUGAAAGGAAAGAAGUCUGUUUAUAUGAUUACCAAUGUGCUGUUGGCUAAGACGAUCGAGUUUAGAGUGACGCGAGGGACAUCGUCCAGGAUCUUUCAUCUUGGCAACGCGUCUCCAUUGGUAUUCGGCUUGGAGGAGUUCCUCAUUGGCGACGAUGGCAAACUGGUUGCAAAGGAACCAGUAGCCAUCAAGUCGAAGUUGCUCCAUUGGAAGAAAGUGGACCCCUCCGAUCAUCUAUUCAUUCCCACCAAAGAUGAAGCUGUAGCAAGCGCAUAGAUGGCGUUAUAUGUAGCUAAUUAUUUAGUGGAACACGCUUUUAGGACCCAUAGCAUACAGCGGGACUGUGCAGCUAAUUAGAACAAUUAAUGAGUCCCCUGAUAACACUUAUUAUGAUAUCAAAAGAUAUUAUAUACUACGUUGUUUAUUUAUAAAAAAAAAAAUUAUAGUGUGAAAUUACACAAUCUUAAAUUGAUCUUAAAGAAAAAAUGCUACGGUUACCUUUUCAAAAUCUAAAACCAUGGCUUAGCUAUUAAAAGCAUCUUCAAUGACCAACAAUAUUGCCUUAGCAAAAGAAUAUAGCUUCAUUUUGAGGUCUGAAGCCAAGAGUAAUUCUAUGUUACCUAACUAUGAUUGAAUAUAAUUCUACUACAUUGAUUGAUUGAGACAAUAAUUCUGGGGUUCCAGUUCUUUUGGUCAUCAAAUUACGACCAGGACCUGAAUACUAUCACAAUUUCUCCAUAAUGUACUGUCUAAGCACAAGGCUUAGAAAACUGCUUUUGGAUUUUAACCGUGUGGCUAACAAUUAUUUUAAGAAUAUCCAAAAGGUCAUGAAUAUUAGUAGAGUUAAACCAAAAAUUAACAAUAUUUCUGUAACUUUGCCUAGAAGUAGGAUUCGAAACAAAAUAUAUUAGAUAUAUUAUUAUGACAUAAUUAAAAAAAAAUCUUAUUAUAAACACUGAUAGGUAAUUUAACUGUGUUGCGUGGAAAAUGCAUGGGUCGUUAAUGAGAUAGAAGUCCUAUCUUAUCAGAUUGUUUGAUCAGCUGGGUAACACAGUGUAGGCGUAUUCCAUGGCAUAGCCAUGACCCAUUAAUAUAGAUAAUAAAUGUUUUCUCAAAUUAGUAACUAUAUUAUAUGUAGUUAUUAUAGCAGUAUUUUAUGAAUGUUUCUGAAGUAUUAUUUGACUAGUAUUGUGGUGUAACAACAAUACACAUUUUUUUUAUUUUUACAUUCCAAAAAUGUUUAAUUGUUAUGAUAACUUAGGUAUUUUUUAUGUCAUCAUUAGCCACUGUGAUUUAUCAA